AUGAUUGCUGCUGCGGCUACACGGGCAAAUGCGAAGAGCUCCCCAGUUUCCAAGGAGCAGCGCAGCCUACGGGUAUCUGAUGUCAGAGUUGCCAUGAUUGAUGGCUUACACGUUUCUGUGGCAUCUCUGCAGCUGGUUUGCAGCCUCGCUUCGUCGAAGUUGUUUGCAUUUGAGCUGCAGCUGAACGGGAUCACUCUGAACCCUGUGGCGGCUGGAGACAGCCAGGACCCAGACAAGAAAGCCAAGUUUCGCCAGAAGAGCAGAAGCUGGACAUCCCUCCACAGGAGGCUUGAGCUGCAGCAUCUUGGACUUUCUGCUGCCAGUCUGACUGGCUCGGCAAGCUCGGCACUGCUGUCGGUAUCCGGCUGCUGUGUGGAUGUGGUCGAGGGCAGGGAUGUCGGGCGGCGAGACGGCCAGACUGGCUCCGCCAGAAUGGCGCUGCUGCCACGCGAUGUUCGGGCCAAUGUAAGCUUGCGGGACUGUCACGCGCAAUGUGGUCAAGCGGAACUUGCUGACUUGGCAUCUCUGGUAUGCCACGUCGCUCAGCCACCCGUACCACCCCUGGGUCUGCUUCGGGCCACAGCACGGCAGCAUGUAGAAGCAAUAUUGGCGCAGGCAGUCAAGUCACAGCGGCGAGAAAAGCGUGCGGGCAGAGAGCCGAAGAGCGGCGGAGGAAUGGCCGCUGCUCAUGGUGCGGUUGCUGCUACAGCUGCUGAUGCAGCAGAGACUGCUCGGAGAACAGCUGCAGUGGCUGUUCACGGUGCGGAGCGUGCGGCAGCGGUUGCUCAAAGGGCUACGCACAGUGCGACCCAAGCACUGGGUGGUGCCCGUCGCAGUGGCCAGGCGGCUCAGGCGGCAGCUGAAAAGGCCUUGGGGCAAGCUGCAUCGAGCUCAAAGAAAGCCCUGGGCAGCUUGGGCACACUUGUGCGUGGCAACUUCAAGGGAAAGCUCGGAUUUGCCACAGGUCCGAAGCCGCUGAAGGGCACAGCAGGGCCGGAGCAGGCCAGCUCUACAUGCCCUCUGAGUUUAGAGGAGCAGGAAGAGCUGGAGUUACAGCAGGCCCUGGCUCUCUCCUUACAAACAGAAGCAUGCACCUCGUCUGCUGCGUUGGAGGAGGGAAUCGCCACCUCGACACUUCCACCAGAAUCCACAGCAAUUGAAGUGGAAAUUACGUCUGAUCCACUGUCAGCUGGAGUGUCCGAAGAUGAGGAUGACGACCAAGAGCAGAUGGACCACGAGGGCGACGAGGCUGAGGCGGCUGAGGAUGGUGGAGUUGGGGGAGGUGCCUUGGGCCACCUGGCCUUGACUCGCAAAUGGUUACCGAUGGGUUGCAAAGAGGCUUCCGUGAAUGAGACGCAGACUCUCUUGGAGAUUCUGGAUUUGAAUAUCACUCUUGAAGGCUUCCUGCGCCUGCCUUUGGCGGAGAAGCGCUGCCUGGAUCGCCUUCGAGGCGGCUCCACAAUGCAGAUCGCCGAAAUUGCAGCCCGUGAUGCCGCAGGGCAUGUUUUCCCCAACACAACGAGCAGCCCUCCUGUGAGCGAGAGCACGAAUCUGCCGCGGUUUUACGUCGAGCUUGUCAUUCGGGAUGUGCGGAUUCGGCUCACACCGGCCCCCUCUUUGAGCCUUUCUUUGCUGCUCCCAAGCCUCCGGGCAGUGGCUGGAGAGGCCACAGAUGGGCUGCUCCCGCUUCCACUCCCUCCAAACGGCGGCAUCGCUGGCAUUUCUGGCACUGCGAUCCUGCGUUCCGAUCCCGAUUGGCAUGUUUACGGAUGCCUUGGCACGUGCAGUCAUGAAGCGGAGUCGAAGAGCCUUGCAAACUGGGAGACGCUGGUGACUGAGCGACAGUGGUCGGAGGGUUUACAAGAGGCCACUGUGACGUCGAAGCGCUUGCUUCUCCGUCGCAAUGAAUUUCUGAGACUCUCUGCAUCAAAACUGAGGGCCUUUGAACAGACACAGCUCCAGGAUAAGAUAGCAGAGGAGCAGCACGCGAUAAGCCUCACGACCAUUGCCAAGGCAAGAGACGAUCGAUUUCAUGAUUUGUUGGCGGGACUUUCGGAGAGCUUCGAAGGUUUCGAAGCCGAGCUGCAGGCACAGUUGGAUGGGCUUCGCGUUGAACUGCGAGCCUUAGAUGAGCUCCGUCGCAAGGACGAGGUGGAGCUGCGAGACAGUGAACGGGAAGCAUCCACCGGCUUGACAACUGCUCUACAAGAUCUGCGGGAACACGAACUGCAGCAGCAGCUGGAGGAAGAGAAACGCGCCAGUGAGGCGAGAGAAUGGCACAGGGAUACCGUGGAGGACCAGCAGAGGCAAGUGUCUGGAGGCGCGAGGUUUCUGACAGAUGGAAUGCUCGUCCGAUGUCGGGGAAUUGGUCUCCGGACGACCAGGCGAAAGCAGAAGCUGGAGCCGCUUUGCUCCACUGCGUUCUGGCGACUCAGGAGGCUGUCCCUGGGCUCGCAGCAUGGCUGGCAUCACUCAAACUGGAGCAUUGUGAAGCUCUUGCCAGUGACUGGUGUCAGAGGUAACACAUCCCACUCUGACAUGAAGAUUCCUUCUCUCGCACUGGAUGGCGCGCCUUUGCAGGUCUUCCCUGUUUGGCACGAGCUGGCAGAGGUUCUUCCCCUGCGACCCUUGGAGCGCCACCGCCUCGCCAAGGCGGCGACCGGCGCCUCAGUCGCAGCAACUUCGCCUUCAUCGCGUCAACAAUUCACCACUUUUGGGCCUGAGGAGGACAGCAGGCGAUAUCGACUGUUGGAAGCCAUCGGCACCGGUGCCACGUCAAGGGUCCACAUGUGUGUGGACACCGCCGGCAACGUGAGAGCCGUGAAGCGGAUUGGCUUGUCCAGAUUGCGGCGACAAGGCAAUUUCAGGCUAAUCGAAGAGCGGCUCCACCAAGAGAUUGCCAUCCACUUAUCCCUCCAGCACGCUAAGAUUGUAGGAAUUUUGGACGUGGUUGAGACGGAGCAGGAAUUGUGCCUUGUCCUGGAACACCUUAGUGGCGGGAGCUUGGACCAAGUGGUUGCUCGUGGACCUCUCAAGGAGUCACAGGCUUCACACGUGUUUCGGCAGAUUGCAGAAGGCUUGCAGCACAUGCAUACCAGGGGAUUUGCGCAUGGCGAUUUGAAGCCUGCCAACAUCCUACUGUCUGACUCCGAGCAGCUACAGGUCAAGCUUGCAGAUUUUGGCCAUUCGAAAGUGGUGGAUGAUGUCCUUGUCUCCGACAUUGCUGGCACUCCGCUCUACAUGGCGCCGGAGCUCUUCGCAAGCGAGGCGGCUCAAGCGGAUGCCCGAGCGGCUGAUCUCUGGUCCCUCGGUGUGAUCCUUUUCGAGCUGCUCACAGGGCACUGCCCCUUCUCGGGUACAGGCGUGGAGCUGCAGCAGGCAAGGCACGGUGAGGCAUGGGGAGGCCGCAGCCUCAUUGCAGCACCUUGCGGUGCUUUGCCAGGCUAUUCGAUCAUGCAACAUCUCCUUCUGGGUCAGUGA